CCUGGCUCAGCCGCCCUCGGAGCCAGCGCCGCCGCCGCCAUGUCUUCCGGGGCCAGCGUGAGCGCCCUGCAGCGCCUGGUGGAGCAGCUCAAGCUGGAGGCCAGCGUGGAGAGGAUCAAGGUCUCUCAGGCUGCGGCAGAGCUUCAGCAGUACUGCAUGCAGAAUGCCUGUAAGGAUGCUCUGCUGGUUGGAGUUCCAGCCGGAAGCAACCCCUUCCGAGAGCCCAGAUCCUGCAUUUUACUUUGAAGACUUGGAAGAAGUUUGUUGAGAAAUGCCUUCGAGCACAAAGUAAUGAAUGACUGACUCCAAGUCUCAAGAAAACACUUUUCUUUAGCCAAAUGACUGAGAUAUUUCAGACCUUUCCAGUGUCCUGAUCUUACAGCCAAAAUUCUACAGAAAUUAAUGAUUUUCUACUCAA